AAGCAAUGCGUCGAAGAGCAUCCGAAAUGCAACGAGCCAUCUGCAGUGUUCAAUCCGACUCGCUUGCUCGACAUCGGAGGACUGAACGAUGUCAUCUGUUUGUACGAGACCAAAGAAACGGAUCCUCAACUCCAGUAUGCGGCUCUCAGUCAUUGUUGGGGAGGCAGUCAACCCAUGAAACUCCUCACCGAGAACCAGCAAGACUUCAAAAUCAGCAUACCAGUCGAAAAGCUCCCUCCGACCUUCCGCGACGCCAUCGCAGUCAGCAGAGAACUCUCCAUCCGCUACCUCUGGAUCGACUCCCUCAGCAUCAUCCAAAACGACCCUCUCGACUGGGACCGCGAAGCCGCACAAAUGGGCCAAGUCUACUCAUCCGCCUUCCUCGUAAUCAGCGCCGCCUCCUCC